UGGAAUACUGGUCACAGGACUGAUUGGCAUCCGCCGUCACCAUCGGCAUUCAUUUCGAUAAAGCAGAGUAGUUUGAAGCCACGCGAUCCUUAUCAACAUUUUUAUUUUUGGCGUCUGCUUCUACUUCAACUUCUCGAUCAUUUCUCCAGUGAAGGCUGCAGUUUCGAGUUUGGGUUAACAAACCUCAAGGGUAAAAUGUCUUCUGAACCAGUGAAUGUGAAUGAUUUCAAGGAAUUGGCUAGAUCAGCACUUCCCAAAAUGUAUUACGAUUUCUAUGCAGGGGGAGCUGAGGAUGAGCACACGCUAAGAGAGAACAUACGGGCCUUCCAUAGCAUCACGAUUCGACCUCGGGUUCUUGUGGAUGUGAGCCAAAUUGAUAUGUCAACAACUAUAUUAGGGCAUCGCAUCUCUGCACCUAUCUUGGUUGCUCCUACUUCUGCGCAUAUGUUGGCAUUUCAUGAAGGAGAGCUUGCCACGGCUAGGGCAGCAGCAGCUGCACAAACUAUAAUGGUGCUGUCCUAUUCUUCAACCCGUUCAAUAGAGGAAGUGGCAUCUAGCUGCGACGCUGUCCGCUUCUUUCAAUUAUAUGUUUUUAAAAGGCGUGAUAUCACAGCUUUGAUAGUACAGAGAGCUGAGAGAUGUGGAUAUAAGGCCAUUGUGGUGACUGUUGAUACUCCUUGGCUUGGUAGAAGGGAGGCUGACAUGAAGAACAAGAUGGUUGCAUAUCCAAAGAAGAAUCUUGAAGGCCUCAUGUCUGUUGAAAUUAACUCUGAACCCGGUGUACAAUUACGAACUUUUGCGAAAGCAACUGUGGACGCAUCUUUAUCCUGGAAAGUAAGUACAGAAAGCUGCUCAGAUUCCUAUCACACACUUAAGAUGUCUGCUUCACUUGGGUGCUUAAUAAGCUUUGGAGCAUAUACUUCAUAUAACUCAGAUAUAGAGUGGUUAAGAUCAAUCACUAGUCUGCCAAUUCUGUUGAAGGGGAUUCUCACUCGUGAAGAUGCAACUAAAGCUGUGGAAGCGGGUGUUGAUGGAAUUCUUGUCUCCAAUCAUGGAGGCCGCCAACUAGACUUUACUCCGCCCACUAUUCUCGUUCUCGAAGAGGUUGUCCAGGCUGUGAAAGGUAAAGUUCCUGUGCUCCUAGAUGGAGGUGUGCGGCGAGGGACAGAUAUAUUUAAGGCAUUAGCCCUUGGGGCUCAGGCAGUCCUUACGGGGAGAGCAGUUUUAUUUGGGCUAUCUGCAAAGGGAGAAGAAGGAGCAAGAACAGUGCUGGAAAUGCUGAAGAAUGAGUUAGAGACCACCAUGGCACUCUCAGGUUGCCCAUCUAUCAGGGAUAUUACUAGAAACCAUGUUAGGACACAGUAUGAUAAGCUGCAAGCAAUGCUUUGAUGAUGUUUUUGCUUUAUUAUGUACCCAAGCCCAGCUACUCUACUGUUUCACAAAAACACAGGUGUCUGCAAUGAUGCAUCUCUCUAAAUUAAAGUAAUGUUAUUCCAUUAUUUGGCGACUUAUGAGAAA